AACAGUACAAUCAUGUCUUCUUUAAAUUCUUGUUUUUCUUUUCUUGGUUUAAAAUGGCAAAAGAAGUGGCUCGUUGGACCAGAAGAUAGUAUGGGAGCCGAGUCGUUGGAAUAUCUUCAUCGGGACGACAAAGGGUCUCAUUGGCUCCCCACAGCAAGCGCAGGGAUAGACUCGUGGCGCUAGCUUCUAGCCUCUUCUUCCUUCCUUUCUUUGGGCUUUUGGGUUUUCUCAUCCAGUGAUUAUUAGUGUAAAGAGAAAAGAAAGGACGCAGCUUGAGCUCGGGGGGGUGAAGUGGAUGAUGAUGUCAAAGUAUGCUUAGUAUGGUUAGGAACCAAGAACUUUCUCGGGAAACCUGAUGGGACUUUUCUUGCUUUGCUUUUGUGCCAUGCCCUUUAUCAGUUUUUUAGGGUUUGUUCCUUGAUGAGCCCUGCGCGGAAGACGAGGCGUGGAGGUCAAGCGAAAAUUCCUCUCAAGUCUCCAGCUUACGCUGGGAAAAAAGAAAGCCUAUCUUCUCGGGAAAAAAACAAGAACACUUCUUUUUUCCUCUUUCUUUCUCUCUUAUCCGGUGACAAACUGAUACCGUUUUCUAGUAUUUCUUGGUCCAUGCUUGCUCUCUGUUCUGGAUGGGAGCAGCACUGCAAGUGGAAGGAGUUGGAGUGUGGUUUUUCAUUGGUGUGAAGCCUUUUUGCUGUCUGGGGAGAGAGAGAGAGAGUUGAGAGUUUGUCGACAAGCUGAAGUUCUUGAAAAAGAAGGUCGCGGGGUAACAGCAAAAAAAAAAUGAAUUGAUUGGGGAAGGUUCAAGAUUUUGAAAUGAGGAACUCGGGUAUUGUUUGAGUUGUUUCAAGAGUUGCAACAUGAGUUGCAGCUCCAAUUGCAGGGAGAGGCAAGAGGGUCGAUGCGAAGAGCAAAUUCCGAGGAGGUCUGUCGAUGGAGAACCCAAGUCCCUCUCGGAGAAUGGAUCUUUAACGGACGCUCAGUUGUCUAUAGACGAGAAUUUGUUGGUCAACCCGAAGUUAUUGCUCAUCGGGUCGAAAAUUGGUGAAGGAGCUCAUGGGAAAGUUUAUGAAGGAAGGUAUGGAGAUCAAAUUGUCGCUAUAAAAGUCCUUAAUCGUGGAAAGACACCAGAAGAAAGAGCUGCACUUGAAAAUCGUUUUGCUCGGGAAGUCAAUAUGAUGUCACGAGUUAAGCACGAGAAUCUAGUAAAGUUCAUUGGUGCCUGUAAGGAUCCUUUCAUGGUAAUCGUUACUGAGCUAUUACCGGGGAUGUCUCUGAGGAAAUAUCUUGUCAGCAUACGGCCAAAUGUAUUAGACCUUACUGUAGCGAUAAAGUAUGCCCUAGAUGUUGCUCGCGCCAUGGAAUGUCUGCAUGCUAAUGGUAUUAUUCAUAGAGAUCUAAAACCAGACAAUCUGCUGCUUACCGCUAAUCAGAAAUCUGUAAAGCUUGCGGAUUUUGGUCUAGCAAGGGAAGAAACUGUGACUGAGAUGAUGACCGCAGAAACAGGGACCUACCGCUGGAUGGCUCCUGAGUUGUAUAGCACUGUGACUUUGCGGCAGGGGGAGAAGAAGCAUUACAACAAUAAAGUUGAUGUCUAUAGCUUUGGAAUCGUUCUAUGGGAACUAUUGACCAACCGAAUGCCAUUUGAAGGCAUGUCCAAUCUGCAAGCUGCUUAUGCGGCCGCUUUUAAGCAAGAGAGACCGGCUCUUCCAGAGGAUAUAUCCCCCGAUCUCGCCUUCAUCAUACAGUCAUGCUGGGUCGAGGACCCUAACAUGAGGCCCAGCUUCAGCCAGAUCAUCCGCAUGCUCAAUACUUUUCUCUUCACUCUUUCGCCACCUACACAAUCCUCACAAGAACCAGAUUCCAACGAGGCUGCGACAACUAGUAACGGCACCAUGGCACUGUCCACCGCUCGAAAUAAAGGGAAGUUUGCUUUUCUUCGCCAACUUUUUGCCGCUAAAAGAACUAGGAACUCGCAAUGACCCGGUGGAAUCUUGGGAAGCUUUGAGUUCCAAUUUUGAAGGGUCAUGGCCUUUUAGUAGUUGGUGCAACCUUUGUAGAGUAUUUUGAGUAGCUGAAUAGCGAUGAGUAGCGGCGGAGGUAUGGGAGAGAUAAAAGCAAAAUAUUCAAUACAAGUAAUUAGGACUGCUAUUUCUUGAUGAUAUCAUAAAGGAAGGAAAUAGAAUAGCAAGAAUUCUCAUCAUAA